CAUGAGUCAGAUAGCCUCUGGCCUUCUGGAGCGAGGACUCUCUAUAUAAAGAAGGAGCUUCCUGGCUGAAAUAUUGGAGCAGCAGGCAGGUAAGGAGCCACCACUUGUCUUGCACUGAGAAGGAAGACGAAGGCCAGCAUGCCCAGAUUUCCUCUGCUGCUGCUGUUGCUCUGGGUCGUGGGGUCUCACGGCUUCCCAGCGACUACAGAAACAGAAGAGCAAGAUGUAGAGACGGUCCAGAAAUACCUGGAAAACUACUACAACCUAAAGAAUAAUGGAAACCAAAUUGAAAAACGGAGACGAAGCAGUCCAGUGUCUGAAAAAUUGAAGCAAAUGCAGGAAUUCUUUGGGCUGAAAGUGACUGGGAAGCCAGAUGCCGAAACCCUGAAGGUGAUGAAGCAGCCCAGAUGUGGGGUGCCUGAUGUGGCUCAAUUUGUCCUCACGGAGGGGAACCCUCGCUGGGAGCAAACACAUCUGACCUACAGGAUUGAAAAUUACACACCAGAUUUGCCAAGAGCGGAUGUGGACCAUGCUAUUGAGAAAGCCUUUCAACUCUGGAGUAAUGUUUCACCCCUGACGUUCACCAAGGUCUCUGAAGGUCAAGCAGACAUAAUGAUAUCCUUUGUUAGGGGAGAUCAUCAUGACAAUUCUCCCUUCGAUGGACCUGGAGGAAACCUUGCUCAUGCUUUUCAACCAGGCCAAGGUAUUGGAGGGGAUGCUCAUUUUGAUGAAGAUGAAAGGUGGACCAACAACUUCAGAGAUUACAACUUGUAUCGUGUUGCGGCUCAUGAAUUGGGCCAUUCCCUUGGACUCUCUCAUUCUACUGAUAUUGGGGCUUUGAUGUACCCCAACUACAUCUUCAGUGGUGAUGUUCAGCUAGCUCAGGAUGACAUUGACGGCAUCCAAGCCAUAUAUGGACCUUCCCCAAAUCCCACCCAGCCAACAGGCCCACAGACCCCACAAGUGUGUGACAGUAAGCUAACCUUCGAUGCUAUAACGACAAUUCGGGGAGAGCUGAUGUUCUUUAAAGACAGGUUCUACAUGCGCACAAAUUCCUUCUACCCAGAAGUUGAGCUCAACUUCAUUUCUAUUUUCUGGCCACAACUGCCAAAUAAACUUGAAGCUGCUUAUGAAGUUGCCUAUAGAGAUGAAGUCCGAUUUUUCAAAGGUAAUAAGUACUGGGCGGUUCAGGGGCAGAAUAUGCUACACGGGUACCCCAAGGACAUCUAUAGCUCCUUUGGCUUUCCUAGAACUGUGAAGCAUAUUGAUGCUGCUGUUUCUGAAGAAGACACUGGAAAAACAUACUUCUUUGUUGCUAACAAAUAUUGGAGGUAUGAUGAAUAUAAACAAUCCAUGGAUGAAGGUUAUCCCAAAAUGAUAGCUCAUGACUUUCCUGGAAUUGGCCACAAAGUUGAUGCUGUUUUCAAAAAAGAUGGAUUUUUCUAUUUCUUUCAUCGAACAAGGCAAUACAAAUUUGAAGCUAAAACUAAGAGAAUUUUGACUCUCCAGAAAGCUAAUAGCUGGUUCAACUGCAGAAAAAAAUGAACAACUGUUACAAAGUUCAAUGAAAAAAACUUAUUUCAUGAGCCCAAGGAAGGUGUUUUCUUGAAGAGCCAUAUACUUUUCAGUAUUUUAUUUAACCUCUAAAAUCACUGAUACACAGAGCUAUUAAGUAUAUAACCUUAUUUAUACCUCAUUCUGCAUAUGUAUUUUUUAUUAUUUGGAAUGCAAUGUUUUAUGUACUGAAGUAAUUUAGUUCCACAAAUGAUGGGUAAGGAAGGUCAAGUACACGGCUUCUGGAUUUAUAUGGGCCCAUGUUGCAAAAAGAGAUCUUUUCCAGAGUAUAAGACUCUGAUAUUGAUCCCAGAGAGCAGCUCAGUGAUGAACAUCUCCUUUUAAGGAAGAAAGAGACAAGUGAUGCAAGCCUCCACCAGAGGAAAGAUGGUUCAAGAACACAAGAGUCACUAGUAUCCUGUCAUGCAAGGGACAAACUCUUCUUAUAUAAAAUAAAGUGUUUUAUGUUUGGAAUAAAGUCAUCCUUGUCUCUUCUGUUUUACAAACUUUC